GUCAAACGUCACAUCACAUUUUUUUGAUGUUUAUUCAUUGUAUCGAUUUAAAUUAUAUUUAUGAAAGAAUAAAUAAAUUCAGUUGGUUUUGUGUAAUUUUGAUUAAUGUUUAGGAUUUUGUAAAAAAUAUUUAUAGUGUUAGUACAUACACUUGAAUAAAGAUCAUCUUAAAAAUGUUACCUCGCACUUAUUACACGGAACAAGAUGUAAGAAAAAGACAAAUAGACACAUUGAAGAUAUUUAACGAGCAUGUGGUUGAAAUUAACGAGAACAGUGAAUACAGAGUAGAAUUCUCUGUUGACGGAAAGAAUAUGAGUUUGAAUGUUGUAUUGGGCCCUGAGUUUCCUAAUGAAAAGCCUUCUAUAUUUGUAAAUCCCCCUAUACCUCACCCGUGGAUAGCUGAGAACUCAAAUCAGGUAGUUGGAGCUCCAGGCUUGUUGAACUACACACAGCACUCGGACCUAGGUCGUGUCGUUCAAGCCAUCACCAGGGAGUUUCAACGCUCCUUGCCCAAUCUUGUCAGUAGUGAUGACAAGUCGAGUGAUGUCAGUCCUCAGCCUAAUACCAGUGCCCACUCCAUGAUGUUUCCUGAGCUGAGCGAACUGACUGUUGAUGAAUUACAGGAGGUGCUAGAAAAUACAGAUCUGCAAGACAAACUUUUGGAAAACAAUCCGCAGCUAAUCAAACUAGACCUGGAGACGGAAGAGCUAAUGAGUAGCAUAGAGGAGAUAGCUCAGGACAAUCUAUCCAAGCAGCAGGCUUUAGACGACUUGAAAACUGACGUCAUAGAUCGCAUCUCGACCAUAGUGCAAAUGAAGAUGAACUAUGAAGAAUUGCACAGGAAACACCAGAAACUCGCUGAAAUGUAUGACCCACAUCGGAUAAGGGAAUGUUUGAAGCAAGCAGCGUUGAAAGCGGAUGAGGAAGCGGAAGUUAUAGCAGAACUGUUCUUAUUAGGAAAAAUACCAGUAGAAACUUUCAUAAACAAAUUCGCGGAGAAGAGAGCUUUGGGACAAGCUAGGAGAGCGAGAGAAGAAAGGUUGGCCCAUCAGUUGGCACAAUUGGAUCGGGCUACAACUUAGACCAUUCACUCAUUCGUUCUUUUGUGAUAGAAUUGCGCGCCAAAAUGGUGUCUCGGAGUUUAGGGCAAGUCACGAGAAAUUGGUGUAUGAGUUAUUUUAUUACAACUCUUACAACCGGUUUCAAAUCAAUAUUCAUUUAUUCAGUUUGGGCUUUUACAAGCACAUGUGAAAGUCUAAAUCUACGCCAUCGGUUUGCAAAUUCACAGCGGGAGACCUUGUACUGAGAAGAACCGGCAAAAAACUCAGCAAGGGCUGCUGUUUCCCCGUUUUUAUUUUAUACAGUGUCGUCAAAUUGAAAGCUGACAGCAAACUUAUAAAUAUGUAUUUCAAAAAUCUACCUUCAGUAAAAGGUAAAAUAUAAUCUGGUUCGGUUUCUUAGCAACAUUUGUUAUAUAUAUAUAUAUUAUAUUAUAUAGAAAACAAAGCUCUAAUAGGCCUAUCUGUUACUGGAAUUUGAUUACUGAAACUGACCUUCAGACGUAUAGAAUGAUAGGAAAAGCACGGUGGUGCAGCCAAAAGUUCGUAAGUGGGUGUUCGUUAUAUUAGUUAGCUCAUUUAUCAUAACGAUACAAAAAAAUAUUCAUCUGUCCUAAUUUUUUUUUAACAGUAUUAACUAUUAUUGGAUUAGGUUUACUCAUAAAUAGUUUUUUUUAAUUGACUAUUUAGGUUAGCGCAUCUAGAACAUAUUUGUUUGCACUUUUGCAUGCUGGCAUGCAUUAGUUGCUAGCAUCCUAUGAAAAAUCUCCUAUUAUCCUAUUGGUAGUCUGGUCUAGUACUACGAUAGCAAAAUAGGUAGUAAUUUAAAUGAAACUAGUUUGCCUGUGCUGUGGUGUAAUUUUAUCAAAAGUAUUACCUAAUCAGAAAUUCACAAUCCUAAAUGAUGUGUUAUUUCUUCGAAACGAAGUCUGCAAUCCCGAAAGUAAGAGCCACUGUUAUCUUAUUUUAACAAAUUUCUCCAAUUCAUUUUAAGUAUUGACGAAAGGGGUUAUGAUUCAAUAUCAUGUUUAUUAUGUGAAUACGCUAUGGCAUUCUAAUCAACUGUUAUAAUUAUUAUAACUGAAAAAAAUAUAAAUAAAUAAUUAAUAAUUUUAGCCUAUCGUUAUGAAUUCAUUUAUCAAUAUAGCUAAAUAUCACACAUGUAGUAGCCAAUAUCUAAACGAACUAAACCCCAAGAUUUAGUUAACAGUUGGACAGGGAACGCCUAGUCCAUUCCCUAUGUCUUAAAUACAACUUGACCGAGUUACUACCAUUCACUCAUUCGUUCUUUUGUAGGUUGAUAGGUUUGCGCGCCAAACGGUUAUUUUGGACUUAUAAAAAAUAUCGUAUUGUUUAUUAAUUUUUAAUUUCUUGCUGUGAUUAGUACUAAGCCUAUUUCUGUUACACAUAGAUAAAAUAAUAGUCCAUGGUUUGUAAGAGAAUUGAUUUAUUUCUUUAGAUGUGAAAGUUUUUAUUUAUUAGUUAUGUUUUUGUGUUGUAAAAGACAUUUAUUUAUAAGUUAUUUUUGUGAAGCUUUUAGUUGUCAAUCUCUUUCUAUUGCAUUAUAAUAAUAUAAUUUUAGGCUAGGCUUAAUAACAGUUACAUUUCAUAACUAAAUUGAUUCACAUUCACUGAAAUUAAAUAAUAUAUUACCCAAAUGUUUUAUAUUAUUACUAAAUAGAAAUAAAAUCAAUUUCAGAACGAUGUAUUUUAUAUAAAGUCUGUUCGCAGCAUAGAGACUGGCUCAUAUUGGUACCUCUCACUCUAAAAAGCAAUGAGCGUUUGCGACAGAAAGAGAUAGAUAGAUAAGAGAAAUAAACAGAAUAAUUAACUGUUGAAAAAGUGAUUUUUCAUUUUAACUUGGUAUUAAUGAGGGUAUUUAGGAAAAUGUACCCUACCAGUUGGCCACUGUGACUUGAGGACUUUUGUAUGAAGUUUUUACGCACCAGGAUUGUAGUAAUAGGGUAUUUGACAAGUUUUAGAAAACGAUCUCACGUUAUUGAAUAAUGUUUAUGGAGUCCGUAAAAAGUGGAUAUUCAUAAUUCUGUUGUAUAUUUCAGUAAAAAUAACCAUGUCAAAAACUCCAUUUUCAAAUUGCCGCGAAAACGUUUCUCUGGACAAUAUAGCGUUUUACUAGUGUGUGACGUCACACUACUGUUAUUAAAACGUCAAAUGUAAUGUCACUUUAACCGGAAGUUUACUUGCGUGUGACGUCAUUUUAGGCUCCGCCAAUCCCAAGCGUUUUGGGUCACGUGACAAUAGAUAAGAAACCUAUUAUCUUUUUCGUGAGUUUUUAGUAAAAUUAUGAAUAUUUUUUUUGUAAAAAUAGUAAAAAUCCCUGCCAAUAUUCAUUCUAAACACAGAUGCUAACAAUUGGCACUAUAUUUUUAAUACUGUCAAAUACCCUAUUGAUCCGCAGACUAUGACGUCAUAGGUGAUUUGACGAAUGAGCAGGCUUUUCGUCUCAGUGCUGCCACCUGGUGCCCGUCAUUUCAGAGAACCGCAUUCGGAGAUAGUGAUCUUUGUACCAAAUAUCUAUGAUAUAAAGGGUUUGUAGUGCUUCCGUAAUGGAUAUAUGGGAGUAUUUAAUUAGAUGUUAAUAAUUGAGGAGCUGGCGAACAAAACGGUAUAAUAGGCUAGUUUACUCAUGUCGAAUUAUAUUAAAUAAAUGUUUAUUUCUUAAAGUAUUUAGUCUAAGGAACCUUAAUAUAUCGAUUUCACUUCAUAAAAGCAGAAGAUGGCUGUAGAAAUUUAAUUUUAAAAAAUAUUUUUUAGUCUAUAUUUUUUAAACACUAAAAACUCUGUUCGCCACAUCCGCCAUGAUUUUGACGUCUCUUGUGGUAAACAACUAAAUGUCAUUCGCGUGUUACUGUAGGUGGAUUCUUUCGUCUGACUUUUAUCUUAAAACACAUUUAACUUUAUGAAAGAAAAAAACAGUAAACUUAGUUUUUUUUUUGACAAAACUAACCGGCUUUGUGAAAGCAGAAAGCACAAAUCUGCCAAGAAUUGACGCAUUGAUGGUUGGUGAAUUUGUUGCACUAAACCCCGAUUUCUGCUCUGCGGAGCAGAGAAACGACAAGGCAUCUAUGUAAGUACAGUGCAUUUAGUAAUAUUUAUUAGAAAUCAUGUUUUUUUUUUAUUAUAAACUCAGUUAAAAGUAAUUUUCUACGUGUUUACGAGUUUUUGUUUACCACAGUUCACGUCAUAGCAUAGAUAAUCUAUAGACUAAAAUGGCCGACAGCGUUUUUGUAUGUCCAUGAAAAGUCUAUUUUAAAAUUAAAGAUUUGUAGCUUUCUAGGUUUAAAAAAAAUACAAUACAUUUUUUUUCGGUCUAAUAGAACAUUUAUUAAUCAUUUAAAACCUUUUUCCAAAAAGGGUCAACUAGCCUAUUACGCAUCUGGUCAAACUUUUUUUUUUUUUACAGUCCGGAGGUUUCGGUCCUGUUGAAUUUGAAUCUCAAUGAAUUUUCAAUCAAAACCGCCUAAAUCAGUGUUAAAAUUACUAAACGUAUGAAUUGAAAACCACGCCAUAACCUCACUGGAUGUAUGUCAUUCAGUUUUAUAUAGCUCUUGUAAAAUUUAUUUUUAUGUAAUUAUACCGUUUUGUUCGCUAGCUCCUCAUCUAGAAGACUGGAGAUAAUCCUAUAUAAGAUGAAACCCUCGAGAUGAAGCACGAAGCCUUAUAAUUUAUCUGUUUUCCCAUGAAAUCACGAUAGAUGGCGUUGACAAAAAAUUGUGCUUGUUAGGUUUUUUUUGUUAUUACUUUAUAAAAUUAUUUUUUUGUUGAUUGUUUAUAUUUUAAGUAAAGUAAAAAAGUUUUUUUUUUAAUCGUUGUCGCUUCAAACUUGUCUGGGCGAAGGUAAUGAAAAGCGAAAGUCGUAAGUGAACUAUUGUUACAAAGUAAUUCGAUGUCUAUGAUGUUGUUAAAUUUCUAGCGCAUUCUAUGAUGAGCACAUGAUUCAGUUUACUAUAAUAAUAAUAAAUGUUUGUUGAAUUUCAGUUUACAAUAGAUUACAUAAUAGGCUAGUUGACCCUUUUUGGAAAAAGGUUUAAAUGGUUAAUAAAUGUUCUAUUAGGCCGAAAAAAAUGUAUCGUAUUUUUAUGAGACCUAGAAAGCUACAAAUCUUUAAUUUUAAAAUAGACUUUUCAUGGACAUAAAAAAACGCCGUUGGCCAUUUUAGUUUAUAGAUUAUCUAUAGUAUGGCGUCAGCCGGUAGUAAACAAAAACUCGUAAGCACGUAGAAAAUGACCUAUCUGAGUAUAUAAUAGAAAAAACAUGAUUUCUAAUAAAUACCACGAAAAAUAUAGUAAUUAUCAUUAUUUUAUUGUACGAGAAUGUAAAAACACAUCCUUGAAGACUCUAGGAAAGUUGUGGAUUAAAGUGCGGAAAUAAAUUAACUUACGCAAUACUAGGUAUUGCGUAAGAACUUGCUAAAAGGAAUCCUGCAACUUUAUCGACUCAUAGUAAAAUUUAUUUUUGCGUAGAUCACUUUGAUGUAAGUUCUCAUUGAAUAAUAUUUUAAGUCUCUUCAUUUAUUAUCAAUUUUAAUAAUACAAGUUUUAAGGUUAUGUAUGAAUGACAUUUAGUUGUUUACUACCAAAGAGACGUCACAGUCAUGGCGUAUGUGGCGAACUGCGUUUUUAGUGUUUAAAAAGUAUAGACAAAAAAUAUUUUUUUGAAAUUAAAUUUCUACAGCAAUCUUCUGCUUUUAUGAACUGAAAUCGAUAUAUUUAGGUAAAUAAACAUUUGUUUAAUACAAUUCCACAUGAGUCAACUAGCCUAUUCAAGACAUACACAAAAUAUAUGUAACUUAUACUAUAGCCUGAUCUGACUAGCCUAAACUGUGUUUCAGGAAAAAGUCUUCUACAACUAAAUUUAUACAAUAAUUAACAACUAUAAUUUGUAAUAUAAAACCAAAACAAUAAUUGACUAAAGCGAGCAUUAUAAUAUACCAUAAAUUAAAAUAUACUCUAAGAUAAGGUACCAUUUAUUUUAAAAUGGACAUCAACAUCUCUGUAUCAUCGUAGUGAACUAUAUUUUAGGGAAAGUCCAUUAAAAUCACGUGAGUCUCGAAUUCGGUAAAAAUUAUUCCCAUUAAACAUAUAAAUGUUUACACCUUAAACCUUAAUGUCUGUCUGGACAUUUUCAUCACGAUGCCGAUGCCAAUAUUGUAAUAUUCCAAAAUUUAAUUAAUUUAAUGAUUAAUGAAUCUGAAAAGUUAAAUAUACUUACUACCUACCAAAAAACUAAAGGCGCCCUUACAUAAUAGAAUAGGGUAUUUGACAAGUUUUAGAAAACGAUCUCACGUUAUUGACUAAUGUUUAUGGAGUCAUUUAAUGUGGAUAUUCAUCAUUCUGUUGUGUAUUUCAGUAAAAAUAACCAAAUCAAAAACUCCAUUUUCAAUUUGCCGAGAAAACGUUUUUCUGGACAAUAUGGCGUCUUACUAGUGUGUGACGUCACACGACUGUUAUUAAAACGUCAAACGAUACAAUGCAAUGUCACUUUAAACGGAAGUUUAUCUUUUUCGUGGGUUUUUUAGUAAAAUUAUGAUUUCUUUUUGUAAAAAUAGUAAAAACCCCUGUCAAUAUUCAUUCUAAACACAGAUGAUAACAAUUGGCACUUUAUUUUUAAUAAUGAAAAUACCCUAUAUAAUUUUAAAUUUGCUUUUGCUACGCAGAAUUUAAACGCUAAAUGUAAUCUUGGCUUUUGCUUCAAAAGAGCAGCAAUAAGUAUGACCUACAUAAUCCUAAUAGGUAAGUUUAGAUUUAUGAAUGGUUCCCUAAUUAGUAUAACCUUCUAUGUCGUAAGUUAUUUAUCAUGUAGUUAUGAAUUCAUCUGACAAUACUUUUAUCAUAAAAUUAAUCCCUGUGAUUGUGCGCCUAAUCUUAACGUACUUUUCUUUUCUUUAAUCCACCCUAAAACAAGAUGGUUCCAAAGCUCUAAGCGCAACCGCACAUUGAGCAAGUAGUCGCGGCCACUAAACGCGACCACAAGCUGCGGGCGAGUUUUUUCCCACUUUUUAUAGCCUCGGCGAGAAGUUAGAUGUGAUUUGGAUGCGUGGUUGAUUCCCAGUAACGAUCCCAUGCCACCACCUAAGGCAAGGAGAGCACAUCCCAGAGUUUUAUUGGGCAGGACCCUCCCAUCCCGAGCAGCCACUGAGCUAGCCCUAGGGUUGGCUGAGUGCCUACCCCGUAGCCUACCUAGCGGCGGGGUAUGAGUAGGGGAGAACAGGGCAAUGGGAGCCUACUAAGGGAAAGUUGUAAUAAAAACCACGUUACUCAAAAUUCUUGUAUUUUUUUAUUAUAAACUCUUAUCUUUAUUAUAAGAGAAUAAAAUAAUUGUAGUUAUAAUCAAUCACAGACAUAUAUUAAGGUACAAUGACAGUUUUACAAAAAAAGUCAGUCGCUCCUAUUACCCGACAAAUGCGGCUAAUGAGAGCCCACUUAACGCUCAUAUGGGAAAUGAGAGCCAUUACAAUUACUCUUAAAGAAAAAAAAAUAGCAAAACGUACUAUAAAUGAGACAUUAGUUAUUAUAAUUAUCAAUAAAAUAAAACUAUUUGUAACACAAAUUAAAAUGACAAAAAAAUCAAACAAAACGGUGAUAAAAUAUGAAAUUAUUAAUGGAAAACAAAAGAUCCAGACUUUACGGAUCCAAACAAAAUUCACAAAUAUAAGUAUCUGGGCUAUCACUGCCAGAACACUCUUUGUGAGCCCAGUUUCCGCAACUUCUGCAUCGGUACCACAUCUCUCCACUUUUUCCAUUAUCUAAACAAAUUGCACAUAAAUUGUCCUCUUCAGAAUAUUCUGACUCAUCAUCGCAGAUAGCAUUUUCGUCGAUUUGAUCAAGAGAUGAGUUUUCAUCAUCACUUUCACACAAAUAUUUUGUUGCCUUUCUAACCCUUGUGUUUCUGGUUGUAGUCCUCUUGCUUUUAAUCUCUUUAUCUUUAGUAUGUUUCUUCUUAAUACAUUUUCCUUUGGGACAUUUUCCCUUGACACAAUUUUCUUUAUCACAGUUUCCUUUAUUUUUCUUAAUUGUCUUUGUCUUAUUCUCCUUUUCAGUUCUUUUUCUCUUCUUUUCUUCAAAUACUGCUUUCAUUGGAGAACUUGUUAUUAUUUCAGAAUGCUGUUUGUUCUUCAACGGUUUUUGUUUUUGAGAGAUAAGUUGUUGAGGCAGUGGGCUGACAAUGGAGACAACAUUAGCAAAGUCAAUAUUGGGCGGGGUUGCGAUAGGUCUGAUAGUGUGUGUCUCCAGACUAGCAGGCAGUUCUGGUGUUGAAUAUGAUGUCGGUGGAAUUGAAACUGGAGUUGCAGCAGCUUCCCUUUGAAUAAUUUCCGGUUCAAUUUGCAGAUCACAAAAAAUAGAUGGACUUGUUGCAGGGCUAGCAUAUGGUUGCUCAGCUUGAUUUGAUGUUGAUGGAAUAGGAGUGACAUUGGUUGGCUGCUGUUGAGCGUCAGCCACUGGCACAGCUGAUCUGGAUUCCUCAUUAAUGAAGUCAUCAUCACAAAAAACUCCAGGAUUCAUAGGGAAUAUUCCUGUUGAUUUAAAGCUCGAUACUCCUUUUUCUAUAGAAGCAACUCUAGUAUAAGCUUUGUUAAACAGUCCAGCAAUGUCGUAUGGAGUAAUUUUUAUCAAAUUUCUUGAUUUUAUAUACAAGUUGCACUCUUUGUUAUAAGCUCUUUUAAGAGGGGAAUAAAAUGCAACGUCAAGGGGUUGUAGACGGUGGGAUGAAUGUGGAGGAAUGGUUAGCAUUAUGACAUGGUUCUCUUUUGCCAAUUCCCAAGCUUCGAGAGUAGCAUGGCUAUUGUGGUUAUCCAAUAUUAGCAACACGGGUGUUUCAGCAGCAGGUUUGGCGUGUUUAAUAAAAUGACGAAGCCAUAAAACAAAUAUCUUUUCGUUAGUCCAGCCAUUAUGUGAACAUGUGUAAACGGCUCCCAAUGGUCCAUCUCUUUCCAGUUGCGGUGAGUGACGUUGCCGGGGAAAUAUGAAAAGCGGAGGAACGAAAGAUCCAGCCGCACUCAUAGCACAUAUUACUGUGACCGUCUUACCUCUCUCCCAUGACGUUACAGACCCGACGCGUUUCUGUCCUUUGGGAGCUAUAAUUUUUUCAGUCUCUUGGACAGUCGUUAUACCAGUCUCGUCUACAUUGUAAAUCAUUUGAGGUUCAAAUUUAUGUUGCUCCAUCAAUUUCUCCAAGUUAUUGAAAAAAAGCGUUAUCUCAGUCUUAUUAAAUCCGAGAAUUCGGUUGAUACUGAUGGCUUCAGGCUUUCUUAUACUUAAAUCUGGAUGACGCUGCAAAAAUCCAGCCAGCCAAUCUUUUCCUGCAGUUUGUUUGUCUUGGUUAAAUCGUUUCUCAAUACCUAGUUGUUUAGCUACACUGUAACAUACUUUGCGAAACUGUUCUCUUGUCAAACCAUAAAAUUUAUUUGACAUAGUCCGAAGAUGGUUAGCCAGUAUUUCUUCUUGGGCAACGUUAAAUACAGUGGGUCUUCCUAGUUUAGGAGAAUUUUUGUAGCUACUAUCGUCAGCUUUCGCUAAAUUGUAUCUCUUCUUUAGAGUGCUGUAAGGAAUGCCAGUUUGUUGAGAUACUUUGUACACCGAACUGCCUCCUCUUUUGAGGACAGAUACUGCAUUUUCUAAUGCAUCCACUGUCCAAGAAGCUUUUGUGGUUGUUCGAGUCCUUUUACGUGGCAUCUAAAACAAAAAAAAAACGAAGCAUUUUAUCAACUGGGGUAAUGGUAGCUAUGUCGGGUAGUGAGAGCCUAGCUAGGCUACCAUUAGCCGCUGACCACCAUUUUGAAAAGUAAUAAUAUAAAUAUGUAAUUCUAUUUUCAAUCGCAAUUCAACUAAUUGGACUUGUUUGUAAACGAAUCUAGGGAUAUGAUAAGCAUAAAUUCAAUAAAAUAAGAAUAUAAUUUCAUGCUUACCUUGAUGCUGGCAAUCGGCAAUUUCUCAUAAGCGUGAAGCGAAAAACACGCAACCGUCCCUCGUGACUAAACGAAUGGCACUAACGGUUCGAGCGCGUCAGGUGACGAUUGCCGAGAGUUGACGGAGGUAGCCGAGUGCUUACGAUCGCGCAAACUUGCCUACAUUCCGUUCAAUCACCAUAGCUCCCAUUGCCCGACCGCUCUCAUUACCCGGUGUUCCCCUAAGGCAUUUCUCCGGGUCAAAAAAAAAGGUGAUUUGGAUGAACCCAGUAAUGACGAUGAAUUGGACGUCAAUUGUUUUGAAUUCAACGACGUUUUUCAAGUCUCUGUUAAUUAUUCAAUCAACAACAACGAACUCUAUAGUCUACCCAUUUCACAAACGCCUUCGAACCCUAUUGUAAGCUCUCGACGGAAAUUAACGGAAUACAACCAGAAGUGAAUUUGAUGAAUUUUGAUAUUUCUUUUUUUUCAUAAUUAAACAUAAUGUUAUUACAACAUGAUAGUAAUAUUACAACAAUAUUACAACAUGAUAGUAAUCGAUAUUAAUAGACAGCCAAAAGUGGCUGUAACUGGUGGUCGCGUUUAGGGCGCUUUCAAUUUAUGCGUUUCUUGACGGCCUGCUGCGGUGCCGAAGCGGUGCGUUUGUCGUACAGCGUAUGGACGAUCCUUUUUUUCACACAAAAAGCGCGAUGCGGCAACAGUGCGGCGCCGGUACCACGGUAAUAAUAUCAUACAGUAUUCUGUCUUCAUACAAACGGUCGGAAAGCGAGUCAUACCUACGCCACUCGAGUUCGAUGUGCACUCGGCGGGCACCCAGUCGCGAAUGCGCCGCCGCGCCGCAACGACGACCGAACGGUCUUUUUGUUUUUUAUGCAGUUAGCCGUGCUUAAACGUGCGUUUUGUAUUGUAAAUAUUUGAUUUAAUUAAGUAGAUACCUAUAUAAUUUAGUAUGGAAAAGAACAAACGACGAUCAAUAUCGUACAACAGCACAAUUGCUGUUUUUGGUUGCUUGAACUCAUCAAUAACACACCCAGAGAUAUCAUUUUUUAAAUUACCUGAAUUAUUGGAAAGGUGCCUUACCUUUACAGAAUAUUUUUUAUAUACCUAUCUACUAGUACGUUAUUUGUUUCUAAUAUUUAGGUAUUUCGGUUUUUCCAUCGGGCAAAAUAUCUGGAAUAAUAUAUAAAUAAGUGGUUAGGAUGAAAAAAGAGACAAACGAGUAAUCUACCUACACUCGCGUUAAAAACAAAACUACAUAAAAUACUGUAGGCUGGCGGCCCUACCGCGUGCCAACGCAGCGCUCGGUGUAGGCAUUUAUUUUCAAGGACAGGGCGGAGUCACAAUACUGUAUAGAUAAUAUUACCGUGCCGGUACCGCGAACGCUCGACAGCAGGACUGUUGCCGCACCUCGCGUUUUAUGUGAAAACUAACUAAAAAACUAUUUUUCAAAUUAAAUUAGUUACUACAGCCAUCUUCUAAUUUUAUGAAGUGAAGUCGAUGUAUUUAGGUUCCUCAUACCAAAAAUUAUAAGAAAUCAACAUUUGUAUAGUGCAAUUUGACAUGAGUCAGCUAGCCUAUUUAUGAUCAUAGUGAUAUUCUGAUAUCGCAAGUCUGUUAGGUACAUAAUAUUUUAAGCUACCAAAAACAAGUUUUACUUUAAAUAAUCAACAUGUCUCAGCAGUGUUACCAGAUGAGGAAACUGAUAUUACAGUGUGGGGUGCAAAAAAAUACAGUGUUUGAGACAAAAAUACAGUAAAAGUAAAAAAAAUAUACAGUAAAUUUUACAGCAGAUAUCAAGAAACUUAUAUUAUGUAAAUUUAAAUGAAAAUACACUUUCUAGUUGACUAACCAACCACUUAUUAAUCACUGUCACUAUCAUUUAGCCCGACAGCCUUUUCUUUUUUGUAGAUCCCCGAAUGAAAUGAUUUUAACAUUUUCUCAGUUGGUUUAAAAUUAAUGCAACUCGUGCUUAAACACGGUUGACAAAAUUUGGGCGCUUAAUACUACGUACCUACUUUACGAAAUGAUUCCUAGUCUACGCCCGGGGAAUUCCCGCAUAGUAUAAACCGCGCCACUAUUUAUGCCCGUUUAAAAUAAGCCAUUUCCGUUCUUAUUUCAAUAGUAACAAGAGUCGUGUCAUAAGUAGAGAGGUGCGGUGGGGUUGCCUUUCGACAAUUUCGUAAUAAUCUUUUUUUACAAAGGCUGCCUUCAGUUUACUUACAUUAAACUACGAGUGCUUUCGAGAUCCGGUGAAAAAUAGUCCGGUAAGUUUUAAACUCAUUCUCGAACGCUCUCCGAAAAGAUUUUAGCCCUUAGAAAAAUUACAGUGUUCUCCAUACACUGUAAAUUUAGUAUUACAGUGUACAGUAGAUCGUGUGAAAAUACAGUAGAUCUGCUGUAAUUACAGUGUAUCUGGCAACGCUGUGUCUCAGGUACAUGGAUAAAUUGAAAUGUUUAAAGUAAAUAAUGACCCAAACGAAAAUUUAUUUUUGAUGUCUUACCUACUGCGCUUAAGAUUAGGUUAUGUAAGGAUAUAGGUUAUGUUUAUUAAUAUAUCAUUGUGUUUAGUAAUAAUAAAACCUUGUGAUAAAGAUGAAUAAGUGUUUAUAAAUAGCAUUUGUAAUGAAAAUAAAAUGUUAUCUAUCGGGGCGUGUUUUAUUUAAAUUACUCAGUAUGACCUUCACCCACUUUAAUUGUUUAGCAAAAUGGUUCAU